CUAAUAUACAUAUGUCACCUACAAAUACUACAAAUGUUUAUACAUCUCCUUUAAGUGCCAUGAGUGCUCGCAAUAUUUCUGCGCCUAAUCUUCAAGGUGGAAUGCAAAGAGUUUAUUCUGUCUCUUCAUAUACUUAUGAACGACGGCCCUCACAUCAACAUAUUAUUCCUCCCACUCUUCCUACUCGACCUCCAAAAGAGGCGAUAUCUUCGUCGUCUUCAACUUCACAUAUUGAAGAAGAAAGUAAUGUUGAUGAGAAUGAUACCAAUAGUGAAAUGAUCAAACAAUUUAUAAAUAUGGGAUUUUCAAAAGUUCAAGCUAUUGACGCUUUAGAAAAACAUGAUUAUGAUCCUCAUAAAGCAACAAAUUAUUUAUUAGAUUUACAAUAA